CUUUCUCGCAUAGCGCAAGUUGAUGUGUUUCUUCCCGUCUUCUUAACCAUCUUCUUCCUCAUCCAACCAUCUUCUUCUUCACCCAACAUCCAACCAUCUUGUAAGAGCAGGUCCGAGGUGCUCAACCUCGGACGUACGGCAGUAAUUCUUUUACAACCGAAGUAAGGAAUAAAUCCAGAGCUUCCCGCUCGAACAGCAGCAUAGCAGUUAUGAUGGACAUCCUCACAUCAAAUCCCGAAUUUCUUGCUUGGCUCAAUCCCUGGGUAGCCCCGAUUAUUGCUGACUUAAGCAUCGGAGUGUCUACCCCGAGGAUCCACCUCGGGGCUUUGCAGGUCAAUCCAGAGUGCAGAUACGGACUGAAGAAGGACUUUUGGUUUGGUGCAGUUACACUUUGGCACCGUCUGUGGGAAUCUGAACUAAAGGCUCCCUUGUUACUCUUAUCAUGGUUAAAACUAGAUCAGCCCGAGGUGGAAACUCAUCUCAGCCUCUUGGACGAGCUUGCUGCCAUGCAACAGCAGUUUGGUAUCUUUCAGUUAGUACUGGCACAGCUAUUAGCCCGGAAUAAUCCUGGUGAUCCACUCAUCAACCUACUUAAUCCUGCUUCACAACCUCCAGCCCCACCACAAAAUCCUGAACCAGUUCAGCAUGCUCCUGCUAUUAGUGAAUCUCAGGGCCAAUCUCACUUCACGCCACGAGGUGCCCCACCUCCACACCCUGCUGCUGACUCCGUACCCCACCCUCUCAACACCAAUAUUAUACUGGAACCCUAUCCCGCUGGCUUCAGAAUACCACAGCUUGAAACUUAUGAUGGGACGAAGGACCCCGAUGAUCAUUUACAUGCUUUCUACUCUUGCAUGCAGGCCCAGAACGCCUCUGAUGCGUUGAUGUGCAAAAUCUUUCCCUCUACCCUCCGAGGUAAUGCUCGAACCUGGUACUACAGUCGGCCUCCGAGGUCAAUCAACUCUUACAUAGAAAUGGCAUCUGCUUUUGCCACAAAGUUUUCCAGUAGAAGGUUGAUCAGGAAAACCACUUCUGAGCUGAUGCAAGUUAAGCAGAGGGACGAAGAGUCUUUGAAGAAUUUUAUGAGCAGAUUCAAUGAUGCAGUACUGAAGGUUAACUCUUUCGACCAACCUGUGGGAAUUACAGCUGUGAUCUCAGGUCUUAGCCAUGAGAGAUUCCGAGAUAGUCUGCUCAAACAUCCUGCCAACACCUUCAGCGAGAUUAAGAAUAAGAUGGACUUAAGACGUCCGGGUCUAAUGAGAACUGCUGCUGCUACCAGAGACCAUACCAGAACAGCCACGGUUUGUCAGGGAACAAGGGACCAGCAUCAAGGAGUCCGUAACCCACCAAACAGGCAAGGUGUGGGAUAUCAGCAAGCCCCACCCCCGCUCCCACCACCAGUUAGAAUUAUACACAUGAUUACAGGAGGUCUGGAAGCCAGUGGACUAAGCUCUAAACAGAGAAAGUUGUACGUCAGAGAGGUUAAGCAUCCAAACCGCGCCCAGAAACGGAAAUUUAAUGAUGCUGACUGGAAGAAUCAACCUAUUACUUUCACAUCUGCUGAUUUUGACACAGUCGUCACGCCUCACAAUGACCCCCUAGUCACUUCUGUCACGAUCAAUAAUUGUGAGGUGCAGCGCGUCCUUGUUGACACAAGGAGUGCACCAGACAUCAUGUACUUCCAUUGUUUUGAAAGUCUUUGGUUGGAUCCGGCUUUGUUGCAGCAGUAUGAUGGUCCCAUCUACGGAUUCAACAACCAGCCAGUCCCAGUUGAAGGAGUCCUCACCAUGAAUGUUGCGUUUGGAAGUGGCCAGAGUUAUGUGACCCCUUCAGUUAGGUUUCUGGUAGUCAAGAUGGCGUCCUCGUUCAAUGUCAUCAUUGGUCGACCCACACUGACUGAAAUCCGAGCUGUGGUUUCCCAAUCUCACCUAUGCAUGAAGUUCCCAACUCCUACGGGAAUAGCAACGCUGCGAGGCAACCAGGAGGUGACCCGACAUUGCUAUAUCACCUCGGUAACACAACCUCAGAAGGGCAAGGCUCAAACGCCCGAGAUUAAUCCCAAACGGAUUCCUGAUGAUCGGCAAGUUAUGGGUGUUGAGAUAGUAGAUAAUCGACUAGAAGAUGAAACCAGAGCUGCUCCAGUCGAAGAUGUGGAGGAGGUACAGAUUGAUGACAGAGAUCCGAGCCGGAAAACGCAAAUUGGGACUAAAUUGAACCCUGAGGAAAGGGCAGAGCUAAUAGCUUUUCUUCGAGCCAAUAAAGAUGUUUUUGCAUGGACUUCAGCAGAUAUGCCGGGAAUUCCCACUUUAGUUUUUCAACAUAAACUCAGCACCAAUCCCCUCAAGAAACCAGUAGCCCAGAAGCGACGCCUCUUCGGGGGGGAGAGGUUAAAGGUUAUUAAAGAAGAAGUCGAGAAACUCCUACAAGCCGGCUUUAUCAGAAGGGUAGAUUACUGUGAGUGGGUCGCCAAUCCGGUGUUGGUGAAAAAAGCGAACGGUAAAUGGCAGAUGUGCAUUGAUUACACUAACCUCAACGAUGCAUGUCCAAAGGACUGUUAUCCGAUGCCAAACAUUGACAAGCUGGUUGAGGCAGCUUCGGGAAAUGCGAGAUUAAGUCUCUUGGAUGCAUACUCAGGCUACCACCAGGUCCCAAUGGCUCCUGAGGAUGAAGAAAAAACCUCGUUCUAUGCUGGCGAUGAGAUCUAUUGCUAUGUAAUGAUGCCCUUCGGCUUGAAGAACGCAGGUGCCACUUACCAGAAGAUUGUUACCAUCGUAUUCCGAGCUCAGAUAUGACGGAAUCUGGAAGUUUAUGUUGAUGAUAUAGUGGUAAAGAGUUUGAAAGCUGACGAUCACUUAACCGACCUUGAGGAGACAUUCAACAAUCUCAGACAGAAUAGAAUGAGGUUAAACCC